AGUACGAGAGAGUUUCGAUAGAGAGCUACGAGGACUUUAACACCUGUUCAAGAGACAGCAAGACUUUUGGAGAUACGCGCUGGUGCGCGAAACAGGGUGUGAUUACACGAGACGUUUUCGGGAUUCUUGGACUGCCAGGGGACUCGGAAGGGACCUGCUGAUUUUGGUACCAUCUGAGUGAGUUUCGCUACGUCCAUGUCUGACAUAUACAACCUGGACUCGCAGUGCGUAACGCCACCAUGCAACAUGAGCUGGGCCAUGGAGCCUGCCAAUUUCUAUGAUAAUAAAGUGAUGCCAGGGGAUGCAAAACCCGGGGGCGAGCAUGGCAUGGCCGAGGACAACAAUAACAAUAAUAGCAGCAUGAUGGAGCUCAGUAAUGCUCCUGCCAUCUACGACGAUGAGAGCGCAAUCGACUUCAGCACCUACAUCGAGUCCAUGUCCACAGUCCCGCUGGAGAUCUGCAACGACGAGCUCUUUGCAGACUUGUUCAACAACACCAUGAAGCAAGAAAAGCCUGACUUUUACAUGCCAAGCUCCGGCGGCUUUGCGCAAAAGAGCUCGGAGAGGCUGCAGCACCAGGAAGGGGGUUUUGGCAAGGGCGCGUUUUACGCACCGAUCAAGAGGGAGGCUGACUGGAGCGACAGUGACCAGUCCUCGUCCCUACCAUCUCAGAUCGAGACCUGCGCGCAGACGUCCGUGAGCCUCAUGCACACGGGACAACCGACACCUCCCUCCACACCUGAGCCAGAGCCCGUUACCCACAGGAGGCCGGGAAAGGAAAAGGGCAAAAAGUCAGUCGACAGGCACAGCCAGGAGUAUCGGCAGCGGCGCGAAAGGAACAACAUCGCCGUGCGUAAAAGCAGGGACAAAGCGAAGCAGCGCAACCUGGAGAUGCAGCAAAAGAUGAUCGAGCUAAGCGCGGAGAACGAGCGCCUGCACAAAACGAUCGAUCAGCUGACGCGAGAACUCAGCAGCCUCAGAAACUUCUUCAAACAGAGGUCCGAACCUUCGUUUGGCAACGGGGACGGCGGCGCGCUCGGCUGUUGACAGUCGGUGACGCGCGUCAGAGUGAGAGCGAGAGUGAGCGCGCUCCACCUCCCCAAAAAAACCCUGCCAAAAACAUACCUCAGUGAACUUGAAUUACUAUGUUCUUCUGUAGCAGACGUGCAUUAAGUUACACAUUGGAUGAUGGACAUUGGCACCGCUCGGUGUCGUGAUUAUUUUUGUGAAUGUUUUUGUAUUCUAAAUUAUUACAGAAAAAGCUUCAUAUACGUUUUUAUGGUACUUGUUUUAUAAUUCCCAAAAACUUCGUAUUAAUGCCAGAGCAUGUUUGAAAUUGUACAGUGUGUACAAAUGUAUAAUAAAACGAAGUAAAUUUCAAAGAAA